AUGGCAAGGAUUUCAAUCCCAUUAGUAGGCCUCAUGUUCUUAUGCCUAUGGGUAGGCAUUGCACAAUCAGAAUACAUGAAGUACAAAGACCCAAAACAACUGAUUGGUGCUCGGAUUUGGGACCUCAUGAAUCGAAUGACACUUGAAGAAAAGAUUGGUCAGAUGGCUCAGCUGGAUCGGGUGGCUGCAACGGCUGAUGUGCUAAGGGAUUACUCAAUUGGCAGUGUUCUAAGUGGAGGAGGAAGUGUGCCACUUCCCCAUGCCACCGCAGAGGACUGGGUUAACAUGGUGAAUGAGUUUCAGAAUGCCUCUUUGUCUAGCAGACUUGGGAUCCCUAUGAUUUAUGGGAUUGAUGCUGUUCAUGGCCACAACAAUGUGUACAAGGCAACUAUCUUUCCCCACAAUGUUGGCCUUGGAGCAACCAGGGACCCAGAGCUUGUGAAGAGGAUUGGUGGUGCAACAGCACUUGAAGUUAGAGCUACAGGGAUUCCUUAUGUUUUUGCUCCAUGCAUCGCAGUAUGCAGAGAUCCAAGAUGGGGUCGAUGCUAUGAAAGUUACAGUGAGGAUCCCAAAGUUGUGCAACAAAUGACAGAAAUCAUCUCUGGUUUACAAGGAGAAAUUCCUGCUAACUCAAGGAAGGGUGUUCCUUAUCUUGGUGGAAAGUAA